CGAGAACAUAAAAAAAAAACUCGAGUUUCAUAGAUGGAGAAACAGAGCAAUACACAGAAAACUUCAUGGACAAGAGGGGGGUUUAUAGGCAAAGGCUCCUUCGGUACCGUAAGUUUGGCAGUCAACGAAACCAACGGUGCCGUUUUCGCUGUCAAGUCCGUCGAUUUAGCAACGUCUCUUCCCAACCAGUUGGAGUCUUUAGAGAACGAAAUUAGGAUCCUCCGUUCACUCUCCUCUCCUUACGUGGUUAAGUAUCUCGGCGAUGACGUCAAUCCUUCGAAUUCCUCCCGGAAUCUUCACUUGGAGUACAUGCCAGGCGGCACCGUUUCUUACGAAGCGAAUGUUAAACGCCGGUUGGCUGACGUGGACGAAAGUACCCUGCGGUGGCACACGCGGUGCUUGGUUUCGGCUUUGAAGUACGUGCACGGUGAAGGCAUUGUGCACUGUGAUGUGAAAGGGAGAAAUGUUUUGCUUGACUCGGAUUCCACUUCCGUUAAGCUCGCGGAUUUCGGCUCGGCGAUUGCGAUUAAAAAGGAAAGCGACGGAGAAAUUCCUAAGCAUUUUAUCACGCCACGUGGAAGCCCUCUAUGGAUGGCGCCGGAGGUGAUUCGCGGCGAGUAUCAAGGGCCGGAGUGUGAUGUUUGGUCUUUGGGAUGCACCGUCAUCGAGAUGAUCACAGGGAAGCCAGCUUGGGAAGAUCACGGUUUCGACUCACUAUGUCGAAUUGCUAACUCGGAUGAAUUGCCCGAGUUACCGACUCAGCUAUCUGAACUCGGCAAGGAUUUCGUGGACAAGUGUCUGAGAAGGGACCCGAAUCAAAGGUGGAGCUGCGAUCAACUGCUGCAGCAUCCAUUCGUAGCAUCGGCUUCGCCACCCAAAAUGAUCCGCGAAUCAUCUCCGCGUUGCGUGAUCGAUUUCCCGAGCUCGGAUUUCGACGAAAACACGGAGAAUUUUGAAUCGUCGGCGAGGGAGAGGAUUGGUAAAUUAGCCGAGGAAGGAGGGGUAGUUUGGGAAUCGGAUGGCUGGGCCACUGUAAGGAGUUACGCUAUUGAAUCACGUGUGAAUUGCGAGGAAGCAACAAGUGAGGAAUAUCCGGAUUCGAUGAGGACACGUUUGGAAAUGUCCAAUUGUUUCGCAACCGGUAUUAGCAAUAGCAGCAAUUCAGUGGACUGCCAGUUCGGUGACAUCGAGCGUGUGGGAGAGGUAAAAUCGUCAUUUGAUGAUCUACGGUGUGGUGGGUGGAGGUGCGAGUGGUUGACUAAUCCGAGCUGUGGGUAUGGGUCACAAAAGGUUGCGUUUGCGAUGCCGGUCAAGGAAUGGUUGAGAUUCAACAGACUCUGUAAUUUUUUAUUACAUUUAAUAUUAUUGGGAAAUUUUUAUUCACUAAUUCUAUUAUUUACUCAAAAAAAAUUCCAUGCCAAAUCGACCAUUCUUUUUCGCAAUUCCAUAAUUUACCAGUCAUUACAGGAAUAUUCUCCGACUUCCCAUUCCAAAACAUUCUGGAUUUUGACAGAAAUUUAA